AGAGGAGAGGGAUUCUUCAGAAGGAUUUCAGGGGUGAAGGACUGCUCCCUGUAAGCACCCAGAAUGCCGGUCAUAAACAUUGACGACCUGACGGACAAGGACAAGGCUGAAAUGCAAGUAAACCAACUAAAAAAUGAAACAAAACUUGAGAGGUGGUUGACAUCUAAAUGCUGUGAGGAAAUCAAGGACUAUAUUCAGGCUGCAGAGGAGGAGGACACCCUCGUCAAAGGCAUUUCAGAGGACAAGAACCCCUUCAAGGAGAAAGGUGGCUGUGUCGUCUGCUAGGACACAAGGAGCUUUUCAUAUCUCAGAUUAGCACCCAUUGACAUUGUCCCUCCUCUUAUAAAAUGGAUUUGCAGAUGGAGAAGAGUGGAGAGACAUAAUAGAGAAACAAAUGUAUAAAACCUUAUGAAUUACCAUGUAAAUGAUUCCCCUUCUUCUGGACAGAUGUGUAGCCUUAUGAUGGUAUUCUUUAAAAAGACAAAAUAAAUAAAAACGGUUAUGCAAUGCUUCUCUCGUGUGGUGUGUAGUCUGAGCAAAUGGGCUGUGUGUUGUUUAAUACACUGAAGCAACUGUCAUUAAACGUGCUUGAUUAUAA